AUGGCCUCCACCACCACCACCAUAGCCCCCGUCAAGCGCGCCUGCGACAGCUGCCAUCGAAGGAAAGUCAAGUGCAUAGGAGAGGGUACCAGCCCGUGCAAGAACUGUGUCUCUGCAGGCCUGGCCUGCACAUAUAAUGCUAUCCCACAGAAAAAGGGACCCAAGGGUAGCCGCGCCAAAGUCCUUUCAGAACUACGUGAGAAUCAACGAAAUGCACAGCUAGCUUCUGGCUUUCCACAAGAGCUUGGUCACGAUGGACGGCCGCUAUCUUCACAGAAUGUUCGGACACCAGGCCUUCUGCCGCUCGCCCUUGUCGAGAGCUGUAUGGAGUUCUUCUUCAUCAAUGUCUAUCCUUCACAGCCCGUCCUCAACCGACGGAGGGCGCAGGAAGCUGUUGUCAACAUGGACCGUUCCAUCGAAGCCUACUCCAUGAUCGUCGCCCUGUGUGCAUACGUUAUAAUCCAUGCAAACAUGGAGAUCCAGCCUAAUCUUCUCGAACGUCAUGAGAUGGCUCAAAUGAACAACGUUCAAUUCGGUCAUAUCCUCCUGGAAGAAUCCGUUCGCGUACGGAGAGGAUAUGACUAUCGCGAGAACCCUACACCUUUCACCGUUCUCACGUCAUGGCUAUACCAUGGUUGCUACUUCGGAUUGGCCAAGGAGAACACAGCAUGGACGUAUCUCCGCGAAGCCACAACACAAGCACAGCUUCUCGGCAUGCAUGAUGAGGAGACAUACAAGCACGACCCGCUUGAUAGUUCACGCAAACGAGUCCUUUACUGGCUGCUCUUCAUGGCUGAAAGGACACAUGCCAUUCACAAGCGCCGGCCAAUUACUCUGCACCCGUCUAUCCACCUCCCUACUUUAGACGAUGUGCCUUCAGAUCGACCAGUCGCUGUCGGCCUUGAGCUGAUGAUCAAUCUUUACAAAACCAUCGACGACACAUUUGUUAACCUCUGGAACCGAGUACACGGCCACACCAAUCCUCAGUGGAUGGCACAACUGCAGACGCAGCUCUCCGAGGCAGUUCCCGCGUAUCUCGAGUGCACUGAAGCACAGGCCGUUGAGAUCCGCGUUACUCAGCAAUGGUUGCGAGCAAUGGUCUGGCAACUGUGCCUCAAUCAUGGGGUCGUGGCCAGCGUGAGCCAGGACACUUCCAUGACCUUCAAAUUUCCGAUUCAAAUUUCGAGAGAUCUUCUGACCAUGACACACCAAUUUUCGCAACCGGCCAUGGAGGUACACGGCGUUGGACUGAUCGAAAAGCUGUUCGAUAUCGCUUGCUGCCUGACUGACGUGGUUGCUUGCACGUCGUUCUCGCCAGACGCUUUUGCUCUGGGCCCACGAGAUUAUGUCUCUCGCUUCUUGACGCUCAUUCAGACGCUGCGCGGUGGCCAAUCCCGGUAUCUGCCACUGCUACUCGCCAAGCUGCAGGAGGUACUGCCCAACCUGCCCCUUCCCCGGUCCCUGAAUCUGCCCCAAACGCUCCCUACCUCCUCGAUUGGUCUCAGUGGUGGUAUGGUGCCUUCAAAUGCCGGCGACGAGUACUCAGCUCUUCCUUCUGUCAUAUCACCACCGUACCCAUCGACUGAGUUGAUUCGCAGGCUAGCGACACAGAGUGGGGCCCAGCUGCCGUUCAGUACGUCUCAGCAGCCCAUGGUUCCAGCUCCCAGCUCCCAUAUUGAAGACAUGUCUAUCUAUGAUUCUACUCACAGCACAUCGCAUUCCUCUGGGUCUGCGCCUAGGAGCAACUCGGCGACGCCAGGGCCAUACGAACCAUCUAUGUCACAAGCGCGCGCGCAGAUUGUUGGCCAUCCCUCUGCUCAGCUCCCUACGACCCUGCCUCAACAUACCCACCUACAAUCACACAACAUCGGUGUAAAUCCUACCGCUUACGACCACCGGUUCAAUGUUCAGGGUUUCCCAGUGGAUCCUGCGAUGAUGUUCAAGCAAUAG